UUUGGUUAGAAGCUGUUUUUCAAAUCAAAGCAUAUCCCCUGAAUGGGAUUUUAGUAUUUUGCUGUUGUUUUAGUGUUUUUGUCUGGUCUUCAUCGGUUCUUCCAGAUACUUCCUGAGAGAAUGGGGGCAGGAGCUCUAGCCAUCUGUCAAAGUAAAGCAGCGGUUCGGCUGAAAGAAGACAUGAAAAAGAUAGUGGCAGUGCCACUAAAUGAGCAGAGAGAUUCCGCCUGUAAAAAGGUAUUUGGAGUCAGUCUCCAGGAACUUCAGCAACAGGGGCUCACUGUGAAUGGCAUUCCAGCUAUAGUGUGGGACAUAGUGGAGUACUUGACGCAGCAUGGACUUACCCAAGAAGGUCUUUUUCGAGUGAAUGGCAACGUGAAGGUGGUGGAACAGCUUCGACUGAAGUUCGAGAGUGGAGGGCCCAUGGAGCUCGGGAAAGAUGGUGACAUCUGCUCAGCAGCCAGUCUGCUGAAGCUCUUCCUGAGGGAGCUGCCAGACAGCGUGAUCACCUCAGCACUACACCCUCGAUUCAUUCAGCUGUUUCAGGAUGGCACAAAUGAUGUUCAGGAGAGUAGCUUAAGAGACUUAAUAAAAGAGCUGCCAGACACCCACUACUGCCUCCUCAAGUACCUUUGCCAGUUCUUGACAAAAGUAGCCGAGCAUCAUGUGCAGAAUCGCAUGAGUGUUCACAAUCUUGCCACUAUAUUUGGGCCAAAUUGCUUUCAGUAA